AUGCAUCUAGAUCACAAAGUACCAUGGAACACAGCAGCCGCACACAUAAAUAUCAUAAGAUGCAAUCCUCAUUUCACACCUCGACGCACCGACUUCUUCGCCCGAAAUAAACCCACGGAGUCAUGCGACCUGAACCACUUUCGUCGCACCCUUACCAAGACAAUCCGCGAAUUCUCACGCACCGAAGAAACCAAGCCACUCAACACUGUUCCUCUGGACAGCCUCAUAUCUGAUGAUCUACUAUCAUACCCCGAACGCCACUUCGGCCUCGGACCCCAUCAAAAAAACUCCGCCCUGCAUAACCCCCUAUCUACCAAGCACCGAGACAUCCAAUACUGGAUCGACAGCGCUAGCUCUAGUGAUGAAAGUUACCCUAUAAGCUACUGCAGCGGAGACGGGGACCUCGCCGACGCAGUACCUUUGUAUACCCUGGCAAACAUCUAUUGGGGUUAUGUGUUUGGCAUAGAGCUUGUUGCGGAGCCGGUGUUGACGAUAUAUGUCAUGGUUAAUCUGAUGGAUGCGCUGGUCAUGCAGAAACGGUUGAACGGGGAUGACAAGAAUGUAGCUUCACUAAUGGAAACACAAACAUUUCAGUACUGGGCGCGUCAUGCCCUUGCGGACUAUGAUUAUCCGACGCAGAAUGUUCCGCAUCGGGAGUUUUGGAAUCACUUUGGGGUCACGGAUAUGUGGCCUUUGCAGCAACGGUGUGAGGAGGGUCUUGAUGCAAACUUGAAGGAUGAGGGUAUUACUGAUCCGUUGAGGGGGGAGAGUGAAGAUAUUAGAGUUCGCUUGAAGGAGUAUUUGAACACCUGUUUCGCUAUAUUGUACAUAUAUGAUAUGCUGCUGCGGGAAUGGUAUGGGGAGGAGGAAGCUGAGGAGAAGUGGAACUACUGUAUUGGUUCCCUUUUUGAGUCUUGGGGAUGCAAGGUCUAG